UAAAAGCCAAAAGAGCCUUAUCUUUAAACUUUAUUUCACUUUGCUGCAUUAAGAAACUAGUAGCAAUGGCUUCCACAAUCCUCCAGUUUCUCUCAUCAUAUUCUACUUCUCAUUCUCAUCAUCCAAACCAAAACCAGAACCAUCUCUAUUCACAUAGACCAUUUAUAGAGAUUUCCAAUAUUCAAAUCCACCCAAGAAAACACUUCUCCAUCAACUGCAUCACUAAUAAUAAUAACAAUAAUGCCUUAAGCACCAAUUAUGCAGCUAGUGAUUAUUCCAAUGAUGAUUCUAAUGAAGAAUUUCCAACCCAAGAUCCUAAUUCUAGCACAGUCAACAGUCCAGAGACAUUUCCCAUAGAGAAGAGAAGAAGAUCAGAAAUAGUGAGGCAAAGAAGGCCUAAAACUGAAAUAUCACAGGCCGAGCCACCGAAUUUUGAGGUUGGUUGGAAGAGGACAAAAGAGAUUAAUUUAGAGCUGCCAAUAGGUUAUGUCAUAGCUGACUUCUUGGAGAAGCUAGAGGAGCUAAUGGGGAAGGAAUUCGGGUCGACGGAGUUGCUAGCAAAGGCCGGGGAGAUUGUGGCCGAGAGGGCGAGGGAGGAGGCAGAGAUACUGAUGGAUGAAGGGAAAGUGGAAGAGAGAAUGGUGACUGAGUUGUUCAGAGUGUUGAAGCUGAUGGAAAUGGAUUUGGCAAUGGUGAAGGCUUCUGUGAAGGAAGAGACAUUGGAUGAGAGGCUCAAACAGGCUAAGGCUAGGUGCAGGCAAGCCAUUCUUGUUGCUUACUCAUUUUGAAUCAGAUUCAGAUUCUUUCAUGAUGGGAAUGUAACUUUGUUGGUGUAAUUAUUAAGGUUUACAUGAAAUUGAUGUAGAUAAAUUCUUGACUGACUUUUUUUUUUUUUGAAGUACUCAUUUGAUAUUCUUAUCUU